CACUCCCGUCCAAAUCCAACCGCUGACACCACAUCUCCAUCCACCAUACCAACUUCGUUCAAGAUCCCCAUCCAUCCAACCCCUCUUCAAUCCUCAAUGCCAUGGCAUCAUCCCGAUGCUGACCCUCUUGUCCCUCAUUUCGGUUCUCCAAAAACCAUGUACGACAUUCGACUUCCCCUCAUCAAGGGAUCAUCCAAGAGCCGAGCUUCAUUCCUCAAAAGAGGCACAAUGUCUACCCAAGGGAGGAUUGAUGCCGGUUACCAUUGACCUCUGAAUCAUUGAGUAGGACUUCUAUAUUAGAAAUCGAUAUUGUUUGAUCCGUAGGACUGACUGACUGACUCUCUAUCUCAUUUCAUAUCCCUCUUCUUAUCUCUCAACGAUAGCAGAAUCUAACAUUUUAUCUUUACUAUCACGAUCGAGUACAUUUCUACUUACCCCUCACGCAUUGAUCGCUGUCUCUAUUUCAAUUAUUGCACUGCCAACGAAAUACAAACCACAACCACCAACAUGAGCUCCUCCGGCCCCCCUGUCCCAUUCACUUCCCUCCCAUUAUCCAAAACCCACGCUUCCGCCCGCCUCAACGCAUGGGGCGCAUACGGCGACAAUGACGAACUCGGAUUCCUGAACCGUCAAACCCCGUCCCUCAUCGCCGCCGCGGCCGCCAGCGAAAUCCGCACUGGUGUACGCGUCAAACUCGACGCCGCCCUUGACUUUCAAGGCGACAAACCAUUGUUCGGACGACAAAUCUUCCAAAAGGACGUCUACCAGAAGAAACCCCGCGUUGUCCACGACGACACAUGGACAUUCAACACGCAAAGCUCUUCCCAAUGGGAUGGACUUCGACAUUUCGGAUAUCAAAAGGCAGGUCGGUUCUAUAAUGAUGUAACGGUGGAGGAUGUUGCAGGACAGGGAGAAAAGGGGAAAUCGAAUCCUAAUAUCCUCGGGAUUCAUAAGGCGGUUGAACAGGGAGGGAUUACUGGGAGGGGGGUUUUGGUGGAUUUUAGGAGAUGGAUGGAAGAAGGACCAGGAAAAGAAAUUGUGGCGGCGGAAGGCGGGUUUACGAGUUUCCAAACUUCGGGGAUUAAAUUCAAGUGGCUGUUGGAGACGUUGAAGUGGCAGAAUAAUACGGAGCCAAAGUUUGGGGAUAUACUUCUUGUGAGAUCGGGGUUUUUCAAGGAGUAUUAUCGAAUGUUGGAGCAGGAACCGGCAGAGUUGGAUCGAUUGACGAAUAUGUCGCCGCCUGGGUUGGGUGGUGUGGAACAGAGUGAUGAGGUUUUGAAGUGGAUUUGGGAGAAUUUCAGUGCGGUUGCGAGUGAUCAUCCCAGUUUUGAGCGUUGGCCCACGCCGUUCGAUUGGUCGAUGCAUGAGGUUUUACUGGGUGGUUGGGGUUGCAAUAUUGGUGAGUUGAUGGAUUUGGAACAGUUGAGUAAAGAGUGUGCUAAACAGGGACGCUGGUCUUUCUUCGUGGCCAGUGUUCCAAAUUAUGUACCUGGAGGUGUGGCCAGUCCUGUCAAUGGAGUGGCUAUCUUCUGAGCAAUGACUGAAAUUGUUAUACAUAAGAGAAAGUCAAUAGGAGAAAUGGAAAAUAAAACAUAUCAUCAUG